GGAGACCGCGGCGCAGUGCAUUCUGGGUUGGCGCAGCCAUGGCGGCUCGUGUCCUUUCCGUCUGUGUCCGCCGCCUGCCCGCGGCCUUCGCGCCGCUGCCCCAGCUUCCCACACGGGCCUUGACCCGGCCGCUCAGCAUCACUGUCUGCCCUGAGGGAACCCGGAGGAAGUCCGGGACUCUGCAGCCUGCCCUGGCCCUCACGCAGGUGCCUGGAAAGGUCACACACUUGUGCCGCCAGUACAGUGACGCACCCCCUUUGACGUUAGAGGGAAUAAAGGACCGAGUGCUGUAUGUCUUGAAACUCUAUGACAAGAUUGACCCAGAAAAGCUCUCAGUAAAUUCUCAUUUUAUGAAGGACCUGGGCUUAGACAGUUUGGACCAAGUGGAGAUUAUUAUGGCCAUGGAAGACGAAUUUGGAUUUGAAAUUCCUGAUAUAGAUGCAGAGAAGUUAAUGUGUCCACAAGAAAUUGUAGACUACAUUGCAGAUAAGAAGGAUGUAUAUGAAUAAAGUUUCAGAGCCUUCUUCCUCAUCAGGAGGACUCGAGGACGCCCAACUGCAUCAUGGCUGACUGACAGCGGUUCUGUUGGACUUGUAUUUAAAUUGUCUGAGUGUUUUGCCCUUUAAAAAUAAAUCUAUUAUAAAACUAA